AAAUCCAUUGAACGCUAUCGACUUAAUUUCGAAGUUGGGUUAGAUAGGACGCGAUACAACAUUAUUAGAGCUAUUUUGUAUAGCCAAUCCAUUCGAUGAACAUGAAGUGUUCCGUUAUACUGCUGGCAUUUACCGUAAGCUACGCCUCGGGCAUAAGCAACAGGUCCUUUCCCGCCGAUUUCAAGUUUGGCGUGACGACAGCAGCGUAUCAGAUAGAAGGGGGCUGGAAUGAAGACGGGAAAGGGGAGAGCCUGUGGGACUGGUACACCCACACCUAUCCGGACCGUAUACAGGGCGGCACUAAUGCCGACGUCACUUGCGACUCGUAUCACAAAUAUAAGGAAGACAUUGAAAUUUUGAAGGACCUCGGAGUGAAUUUCUACAGAUUAUCGAUCGCGUGGAGCAGGAUCCUUCCCGAAGGGACAGUGAACCACGUCAAUCAAGCGGGAGUUGACUACUAUCGCACCGUUUUUCAGCUUCUCAUCGACAAUGGAAUCGUACCUGUCGUGACACUGUACCACUGGGACGUUCCACUCACCCUAUCAGAGAUCGGAGGCUGGACCAAUCCUCUAUUGGUCGACUACUUCGCUGAUUACGCCAGGCUAGCUUUUGAAUUAUUCGGGGAUCAGGUGAAACAAUGGCACACCUUCAACGAACCCCAGAGCUUUUGCAUGUUGUCGUAUCAAGGACCUCUACGUAAAGCUCCCGGCUAUGAUCUCCCAGCCGAAGCAGUCUACCAAUGCAACUACGUGGUGUUGAAAGCUCACGCCAAAGCUUACCACAUUUACGAUGACGAGUUUAGACAGAAGCAACAAGGAAAUAUUUCCAUUGUACUGGUAGCCCACUGGAAAGAACCUGCGAGCGACAGCGAUGCCGACAAGGAAGGACAAAAUUUAGCUCUUCAGUUUGAGAUGGGACUGCUGGCGAAUCCUAUCUUUAAUGGAAACUGGCCUCAGGUAGCCAUCGAUAGGGUGGCGGAAAGGAGCAAACUCGAGGGCUACCCCAGAUCGAGACUGCCCGAAUUCACCCAGGAAGAAAUUGACUACAUUAAGGGAACGGCCGAUUACUUUGGCCUCAAUCAUUACACAACGGAAUUGGUCUCGUUCGCCUACAACGUUACGAAUGUCACCGAGUAUCCGAGCUUCGACGCUGACAGGGGAGUGUUACGGACCACCGAUCCCAGCUGGCCUCAAUCGAACAUGACUUGGUUACGGUCAGUGCCCUGGGGAUUCAGAAAAAUGCUCAACUGGAUCGACCAGAGCUACGGACAUCCCGCUAUUCUAGUAACCGAAAAUGGUUGGGCCGACGACGGGACCAGUCGAGAGGACCCCCAGCGUAUAUCUUACAUACAAGAUUACUUAACCGCACUUUUGGAAGCGAUAUAUGAUGAUGGCGUCAACGUGAUCGGAUAUUCCCAGUGGAGCAUCUACGAUAAUUUCGAGUGGUUAUCUGGCUACAUGGCCAAAUUUGGAUUGGUGUACGUCGACUUCAGCAGUCCAAACAGAACGAGGACGCCCAAAUCAUCGUAUUACUACUAUCAGAAAAUUAUAAAAACCAAAUGUUUGGUCGAUACGUGCGAUGCAGCUUAACAAUUUUUGAUUAGGCUACA